UUCGUUAUUUGUUCUUACAUUGUAUCCGCACGCGGCCCACUUGAAUAAUAAGCAUGCAGAGUUUGCUAAAAAGUACUGUCCGGGCGGCUGCUGUCUGUCGAAAAAAUUUCAUCCAAUCAGCGGCGAAGUACUCGUCAAGCUCAUUUGGCACUGCACAGGGACCAACAUCUCCUUUGACUUUCCUCACGGAGGAUGAGUUGAUGAUGAAGGAAACGGUAGCCAAGUUGGCUCAAGAGCAAAUUGCCCCUCUGGUCAGGAAAAUGGACGAAGAGCACCAAUUUGAUCCUAGCGUGAUUAAAGCUGUUUUCGAUAAUGGUCUGAUGGGCGUGGAAGUUGGAGAAGAGUACGGUGGAAGCGGGUGCAACUUUUUAACUAUGAUGCUGGUCGUUGAAGAGCUCGCCAAGGUUGAUCCCGCUGUUUCCGCGUUAGUCGACAUUCACAACACCCUGGUCAAUUCAUUAAUGAUUAAACUGGGAACUGAGGAACAGAAGAAAAAAUAUCUGCCCAAGCUAUGUCAGGAAUAUAGUGGAAGCUUUGGCCUCUCUGAACCUUCUGCUGGCUCAGAUGCUUUCUCACUGAAGACCACCGCCAAAAAAGAUGGCAAUCACUACAUCCUUAAUGGAACCAAGAUGUGGAUUUCUAAUUCUGAUAUGUCUGGAGUGUUCCUUAUUAUGGCUAAUGCUAAUCCCUCCGCUGGCUAUCGUGGCAUUACCACCUUCAUCGUUGAACGUGAUACGGAGGGCUUUACUGUUGGAAAGAGAGAGAGUAAGCUCGGAAUUUGCGCUUCCGGCACAUGUCAGCUACAUUUUGACAACGUUCGUGUGCCCGAGGAGAAUAUUCUUGGUGAGCUUGGUAAGGGCUAUCAAUACGCUGCAGGAUUCCUUAACGAAGGUCGUAUUGGCAUUGGUGCGCAGAUGCUUGGAUGUGCUCAGGGUUGUUUCGAUGCUACUAUUCCUUAUUUGCUGGAACGUAAGCAGUUCGGUUCAGACAUCUAUUCUUUCCAGAGUAUGCAACAUCAAGUUGCAACUAUUGCUAUGGAACUCGAAGCUGCUCGCCUGUUGGUAUAUAAUGCUGCCCGUUUACAAGAAGCUAAAGUACCUUUCUUGAAGCAAGCAGCUAUGGCUAAGACGUACGCUUCUGAAGUGGCUCAGCGAACUACCGUUAAGUGCAUUGAUUGGAUGGGCGGCGUCGGUUUUACAAAGGACUUCCCACAAGAGAAAUUCUACCGCGAUUGUAAGAUUGGCGCAAUCUACGAGGGUACAACAAACAUGCAGUUGAGCACGAUCGCCAAAGUGCUUAAGAAGGAAUAUGAAUCGUAAGAAACGGCCAAUUCCCAGCAACAAGUAUUCAAGUCUUCCAAAAUAUUAUGUAAUAUGCCACACGACAGUAAAGAGUACAGCUUCUUUCAACCUGAAGCAAACUCACACUCUCGCGACUUUCGUAUACGAAAAAAAAACUGAUAAGCUAACAUGUGUUAGAGAGUGAGCCGGUAGAAUUGUUGCGUUUCUAUGUUGUACAUGUAUCCUAAACCGAAUAAGCGAUAACAGUGUGCAAUAUUACAUAUGCAAUUUUAAUUUCAUAAAACCAGGAGCUCAGAAUUUAGCUAUAAAUAAAAAACAAACGAUGACAAUCAGUAGACUUUAAUCGUGGUUAUAAUCAAAAUGAAACAAGCACAUUUUUCGUGCAAUGUGUAUUAAUUAUAAAUUUAACCUGAUAAUGCUAAUAAAUAAUUACACCCA